AUGGCCAGACGCGGGGUGGGCAAGGUGGGCAUAGGGGCAGCGAGUCUCGGUGUAAUUAUGGCGAGAUGUCUUGUGUUGGUGUGGAGUGAAUGCCUCUCAAACAUGACGAGUUUACCGCUAAAAUGGAUUAAAAAGGGAAAAUAUUAACUACCAGGACGAAGAUGGUAGGAAGAGGGUGGUGGGUGCUGGUGUGGACCGUGUGUGCUGGCUGGACAGUGUGUGUGGUGUGUGGAGGGUUGACCUGCCAGCCUGGGCGGGAGUUCUUCAGUGGUCGGCAGGGGCAGUGUGUGCCGUGUACGCGCUGCCAUGACCCUCAGGUGGUCGUGGUGCCCUGCUACGUGUAUCAGGAUGCAGUGUGUGCCCCAGCGGCACAGUUUGUCCCCAACUGGUCGCAGCCCGGUCAGCCCCAGCCCCCCAUCACCCUCUCCACAUCCCCUGCCCCGCUCGCCAGGGAUGCCCGCACCCGUGGCAGACACAAGCCUGGCACUCCAAGUGACAGAAAAGCAGACAAGUCAGAAACAAUUUCUGGCAUUCAGGGAAAAUCUCACGGCAGUAAAUCUGCUCCUAGAAAAAACAAUAUCCGUGUCCAGGAUGGUGCCACACUCCUGGCCAAAAAUGACUCGAAGAAAAACAAUAAACACCCUCGGCACAACCACCGCCACAAACAUAGGCAAGAGUUCAGGCCUCAGAACCGGUCUGUUGAGUCACAGACUGAGGAGUCUAAGGUGAACAGUGUAAUCCUUCAUGAAAAGAGUGGUGCUAACAAUACUCUGGACCAGCCGGCCACCAAUGACAACACAGGCGUUCUGAGCAGAAACAGUGAUGGUAUAGAGUCAGCGGUCAGAGAUGACAGUAAUGGUGCUAAUAGUAGUAAUAAGACAGAGGAAAGUGACUUGGAGCAGACUGAAGAUGGAGGGUGGAAAGAAACGUUUUUCUUUGCCAUAAUUAUUGUCAUCAGUGUCUGCCUAGUUGUGGUCACCAUUGUCACACUGAGUCACUUGAGGAACAAUUUAACACGGCGGAAGCUGAAAAGAGUAUAUGAUGGAGUUCCAUCUGAAAGCACUGGGGAGGCAAGAGUGAUGCAGCAGCUGCUGCCAUCAGCACCUAAUGGCACAGCCCCUGUGGUGGCCACCAGGGGCACCGUGACCUACAUCAGGGCCACCUCAGCCAACUCCACACCCUCUUCCCCCACCAUCACCACCACCACUGCCACCAUGAGUCUGGAAACUCAGCGAACAUCUGGUCAAGUUUACCCAAUAAACCCUUUCACCAUGGACAGAUUACUAGAACAGCGUAGGGUGCUGGGCCCUGCUUCAUCUGUGGACACCAAUCUGUACAUUGAAAGCUGGCAGCAGCAGGACAGCCAGCCUGCAGGACACUCAGCCCUUGUCACACCCAGCCAGUGCAUACCCCUGCGAGGGUCUGUGUCUGCCUGCCCCAGCCCUGCACCUGUUCGGAGCUACCGCACGGGGCCAGCCUCUGCCUCGGCGAGUCCCACAGUGUCUGUCAGAGGGCUGAACAUCACCCGAGGACACGUGCGUGGAGGCCUGGCAGUGUUGGGAGGUGGGGGAGGUGGGUGCUCUUGAGGGGGCUUCCUUUGUGACUGUGGGAACCUGUCGACUCAAGACAUUCUGGGAAUCAGCUCCCUGAAGUGCUGGCUCACUCCCAUGUGCUUACUGUGAAGGUGCUACAAUAUGGUGAUGACGCAGCAUGUUACAGUGGCAUCCUGGCUGCUGGCACUGAACACUCAUGCAUGUCCCCGUGCCAUGUUUGUAUAAGUUUAGCAAUGCAUGGUGAACUUGGUAAGGAAGAAUGGUUCUUGCAAAGUGAUGUUUGAACAAAUAUUUUUUCCUGCUUAUUAUAACAUCAGCACUGUGGAAAGACAAGCAAAGUAAUAAUACAUUCCAUCUCAUUAAGAUUUUGAUAUAUUGUACAAUACAAGAUUAGUUUAACAAACUGUUGUAACUCUGUAUAUAUGUAUACUACUAUAUUUAUGAGAUGUAUAUAGACAACAAAUUUGUGUGCCAGUCUUUUGAUAAUUCAUUGAAUGAAAACAUGUCUGCAAUCAGCUCAAGUUGAAGGCUAGCUCUGUGCUGCUCAAGAGUCAGUUUGUAGGUAAACCUCAGAGGAAAACAGCUCGUCCUGAGAAUCAGAACGAACAUGUAUGACUUCUUACUGACUUUAAUGGGUAUACAUGUUCUUAAGUGCCAUAUUGGGUGUUCCCAAGCUGACAUUGUGUGCCAUACUGUUUUAGUGAAGUGUUGGAAGGUGCUUAAUGUAACAUGAACAAGAGUAAUGUUAAUGAACAAAAUCUUCAAAGGAGAUAUUUCUUCUCAUCCACUGACAUCUGCGUACACCUGAUAUUCACCCGGUAAUGAAGAUGAGGCUACUGGCUGAGGCGUGCCACCACACACGGACUCUGAAUCACUGCUGCUCAGACCGUCUGUGUUUGGUGUCUGCCUCCAAGAUUUGUACACACUGCCAUUACCAUGACUAAAAUAAAACCCAUUAUUUAUGAAAAUUCACAUUAUCAACAUCACCAUCAUCAUCACCACUACAAUCACCUCAAUCAUCAUCAUCAUCAUCAUCAUUGUAAUUUUCAGAGGUCAGCCUGUUGUCAUCUGGUGACAGGUCCUAAAGCAGCUUGUCUGUCAAGUGCUUUGUUUCCCUGUUCUGCUCUCAGGCCCUCACAUCUUCCUAGGUAUACACUACCUACAAAUACAGUAAAAUCCCUCUUAUCCGGCAUCAACGAGACCGCCGACAUGCAGGAUACUUGAAUAGAAGUGAAAUUAUGUCCACAAUCACCACCCUAUACUCACGCAUCUUACCAUAACAAAGAUCAGCUGAUCUGAGCAGCUGCUUAAGUGUUAAGCACAACACGCUUCCUCUUUUCUACAACUUUAGGCAUGAUGAAGGCGUCAGGCGAUAAACUGCACACGCAGGACUGUCACUGAGUAAACAGUGCAGUGGGGGCUGCGGGUGGCGCGAAGCAGUGCGCUCUGGUGGCGAGGGGACAAAGUAUGCCUCGCGCGGGAAUUUUAAUAGAUUUUAUGAGUACACAUUGAUUUUUUAUUGAUUUUAAGGCUCGGGGAAAAAUGUGCCGGAUACUCGAAUGCCGGAUGAGAGGGAUUUUACUGUAUUGCUUUUCUCUGGAAAAUAAUUAACAUACUUCAUCCAGUUAUUUUUAUCACUUCAGCAUUGCCAAACUAAUGUAAUCUACUCAUCCUCAUCACCUCACCCAUGACUCACUCCCAAGUCUGCACCUUAACGCCUCACCCCCGGGCCGCCGCUCACUGUAGCUUAGCUCAUCCACAUCGCCGUGCCUCAGCACCUCUCCCGGCCUCUUGACUUGCUUCCCUCCCACGAAAUGUGGUUCACCUUUCAUGAGGCAGGGAACUACCACUGAUUUAUAAAAAUAUUACCUCUGAACAUGUCCCAUCCUUUCACAACUCUUGUCCAAGAGUUUAAAGAAAAGUUUCCAGUGAUGUUGAGUAUGAAUUUAGUAGAACACAUUUAUAGGUUGACAUCUUAUGAUGACAUUUAGUCUGAGAGAUGGAUGUCUGUCAGUAUACAACUGAUGUGCAGCUACGCUUUCUUCUAAGUUACUUGUGAUGCUGAUGUGAAGCAACUUGCUGCCUCAAAUAUCAACACUGAAGGUUGUUCUUAGCCCUUUGAAAACUCCAGCCUUGAAAAUAAUGUUGAUGUUACAAGUAUUUUUCUACCUUGAUACUAUAUAUAUAUUUUUUUCAGUAGUGGUUCAGUCAUAGCACUUAAGAUAGAAUUUUUAUAUGAAUCUUAUGCAAUAAUAUGUCUUUAUUUACUGAGGGAGAGAAUUUGCUCAUUAAAUGUAAUCAAAUUACCUGGUUUAAGUAUGCUACAUGAUGUUACAUUCCCUAGUCACAUGUACCUCUAGAAGUAGACACUGAUUACUGUAGUAGAUUCAAGAGAACUCCACCUAAUUAGUUUUUGUACUUAGGUAAUAAAAUAUUUUGGCUAUUAACAAAUCUGUAUGAAAAACUCAGUAUGUAUUUUGAUGACAAAGUAUUAUAUCUGUAUUGACUGACAAGUAUUAGAGGCAUAAAAGUGUUAUUGGCUCCCA